GAUACUGCAGCACUUGGACUGCACACUUGGACCGAUACUAAGAGUGCUGACGCGGUGGAGGAAAUUGUAAAAUGCUACGCCUACAUCCAAGAAAAUAAUCAGUUUUCUGACCAAAGACAAAAGACAAAGGAAAAAAUCAAUUUCAUUUGGUCAAGCGUUAUACUCUACCUGCUGAGACCCAAAAGUAAAGGUGUGAAAAGUUACACUCAACUCUGCAACCUUCUUUUGGAAACUCUGCAGCAAGUUUCAUUGGAUUAUCCCUUCCCUGACCCACACUACCUUGCACUGCUGUUUUUCUGGCCUUUUUCACCACAACAAACAGAAAUCAGGACCUAUGUGACUGCAAUCCGAAAGUCCUCUCAGAAGCGUCUAUCUAUAUUUCGGAAGAGGAGUACUGUUUCCCACUUUUACUUGGGGAAUGAGAAUGAGCUCGCAAGACUCGUUUCCAAACCAAAACUUGAUGAAUGUUUCACUAAGCUGCAUCGCAAUGACUUGGCAAAACUGUGGCUAACUGGGGACAUAUUUAGGGAAAGGGAAAUAACAAGCCGUCUGCAGCGUGUCACUGGACUGAUUGAGGUAGGAGAGGUGUAUGCCAUUUACGGAAAACUUAAAAUCCCAGUGCGACCAGCAUACAUUGGUGCAACAAGGAGGGGAUUAAGCACAGAAAAGGUUUCCUUCUACAUUGGAUUUGCUAUCAAUGGCCCCCUUGCUUAUGAUAUCCAGUUUGAAAACUAG